AUCCAUUCAUCAGAGAAUAUCCAGGGCUGCAGCACAACCUGCACAGCCUGGUGAACAGUUUUUUUCUUUCGAAUUAAUCAGGUUGUGUUUUACAUCACAGAAGAUUUUUGUACUUUGGAAGGAUUAGUAAACUAAUACAUUAAUUAAUUGUGAAUUAAGAACAGAUCAUAUUAACAGUGUGGAUUUUCGGAUAACCAGCAUGAUGCUCUCAUUAAGGCUGUUGUUGUUGGCUUGGAGUUGUGCACUUUGCUUUGUACCAUUGGUGUGGACGGGUUUGAUGGAGAGCCCAUCCCAACAAAACCAGGUUUUUUCAGAGGAAUUUGAAGAUGCAGCCCUGGAAGAUGAGCUGGACAACCAGGAGAACAUUAUAACCCAGCUCAUCGGUGACUACGACAAAGUGAAGACUCUAUCAGAGGGCCCGGAUUGCCACUGUAAAUGUGUGGUCAGGCCACUUAGCAGAAGCGCCUGCCGGCGAAUUGAAGAAGGGACUGGAAAGCUUGAGGAUUUCUACACAGUGGAGACAGUGACCUCAGGACCCAACUGUAAGAAAUGUGCUUGCAUCGCCCCUCCAUCUGCCCUCAACCCCUGCGAAGGAGACUUCAGGUUUAAGAAGCUCCAAGAAGCUGGGAAAGAUGACAUCAAGCUUUCCACCAUCAUGGAUUUACUCGAAGGGGCUUUGUAUGGGAUGGAUCUGCUAAAGUUGCACUCAGUCACUACUAAACUCCUGGCUCGUGUGGAAAACAUAGAAAAGUCAUUUUCCGGAAAUGUGACAAAGGAGCAAGGGAGCAUGAAAGAAGACAAAGGGCAAGGGAAGGACCUGCAUACAAACCAACACAUAGAGAAGAAAAGACUUUUGAGCGAGCUGGAGCCCUCGUUGCAGAAUAAAGUGGCUGCAGCUUUCUCACACUCAGAGAAGAAGUAUGAGGAGAAGUUUGUUGGAGGCCAGGACUCCAGCAGGCUACUGAAGAGAAGUCAUGUUGAACAUACAGACAUGCAGAAAUUAGUGAAGGGCAAAAUGGGGCCAAAUGGGAUGAACAUAAGGAGCAUGACUUUCUAUAAAGCUGAUACUGAAGAGGACGAUGACGGAGAUCAGCAAGCAGGAACAGAUGAUGUGCUGAGCGGGGACGGUUCAGUAGAUUUACUAAUAGAACCAGAGGACCAGAUCCCCAAACAACAGGACAUGCAAUACUCAGGCCCUCACACUACAGGCACUAUGGCACCAAAACUGAACAGAGAAACCACCACAGAUGUACUUACCAUCACGAAACUGCCUGAACAGAAGUCUUGGGAAACUGAAAGAAUGAUUACAACGAGCACGGCAACGCCACAUUCCUUAACGACCAUCACCACCCCCACCACCACCCCCACCACCACCACCAGACCAACCAGCACCACACAGUCAGCAACCUCCAACAGAUCAACAACCACCUCUGCUUUUCCCAAAGCUCCAAAACCAGAGCAAAACUCUACAUCUGCAGGAAGAAAAUACACAGUGAAAUCUCGACUCAGCUGGGACGAAGAACCUAAAGUCAAUACAGACUCACCAAAGAAUUCUGGUAUUUGCAAGGACACAUUAGCUACCAUAGCUGAACCUGUGACUCACAAUGCUUAUGGCCGCAAUGAAGGCGCCUGGAUGAAGGACCCAAAAGGCAAUGGCAAUGUCAUUUAUGUCACAAACUACUACUAUGGCGGAAACCUUCUGGAAUUCCGUGAUAUGGACACAUUUAAACAAGGACGGCACAGCAACAGCUACAAACUUCCCUACAACUGGAUCGGCACAGGGCACGUGGUCUACAAUGGCGCCUUUUACUACAACCGGGCGUUUUCCCACGACAUCAUCAAAUACGACCUGCGUCUGCGUUACGUGGCAGCUUGGACCACGCUGCAUGAUGCCAUGUUUGAGCAUGAGGAUGAGGAGGCACCCUGGAGCUUUAGAGGGCACUCAGACGUGGACUUUGCUGUAGAUGAGAGUGGCCUGUGGCUGGUUUAUCCAGCUCUAGAUGAAGAAGGCUUUCACCAGGAAGUGAUCAUCCUUAACAAGCUCAAUCCCUUUGAUCUGCAGAAAGAGAACACAUGGAGAACGGGCCUAAGAAGGAACAGCUACGGGAACAGUUUUGUCAUCUGUGGUGUCCUGUAUGCUGUGGACAGCUAUGAGCGCAUAAAUGCCACCAUUAGCUAUGCUUUCGACACGCACACACACACUCAGAUGGUGCCGCGGCUGCCUUUCAUUAACAACUACACUUACACCACACAGAUUGACUAUAACCCAAAAGACCGCAUGAUUUACGCCUGGGACAAGGGCCAUCAAGUGACUUAUGAUGUCAUAUUUGCCUAUUAAUUACUGUAUAAGAUGAUAUAUAGAUCAUAACUAGAAAACUGCCCUGCACUUUUUUUUGUAAAAGAAUGAUAAGACUCAGUGGAUUGUAGAUCAGUCUACAUAGUCAGUAUAUAUUGUUUUGAUAACAUGCCACUGUUUAUUGUUGUUUGUUGUUUUGUUUGCAGUGUACACAGUGCAGGUUUUUCUGAUAUGUGUAUCAUUUAGUGAAGAAGAUAAGGCCUCCGUAUACUCGUUGUAUACUUGUUGAGACAUUAUUUAGCUGGAUUUCACAUAAAAAUAUAAAGGCUUCACAUGCCAACCAUGCCUGUAAUAAGUCAUUGCAAAUCAGGUGUACCCAAAAGUCAUUCUUACAAAGAUGACUUUCAAGAAAUCUGCUUCUUCUUGUCAUGGAAACUGAAACAGUGCCACCUGGUGCACUGGAGCACUCGACAGUCAAAAUCAGAGGAUGCACGCUUGUAAUCUUGCGAAGACAUUUUUGAUUUCGUACAUAUUUUUUUUUACUGUUUCUGUAUGGUAUACCCGAGGACUUUAAUGACAAAGUUAUUCUUACGGCUUGUUUAAAAAAUCGUGUACGUAUUUUGUAAAUAAUGUAGUUAAUUUAAAAUAAAUUCUAUGCCUGUA